AGUCAGAUCAUGUGACAGACUGGAGGCGUCGCUGAACACAUUCACCCGUUCACCACAUACACACACACACAUACACACACGCACACACACACACACACAUACUACACCGUUUCACAACAAACGGAUAAGGCGACACGUCCGAAGAACUCCGGUCUUAACGUUUAUUUCCUCAUAUCACAAUGAAAUGAGGGGAGCAUGGGGGCCAAAGAGUCGAGGAUAGGAUUCCUGUCGUAUGACGAGGCCGUCAAGAGAGUCACCGAUGUGGAAUUGAAGCGGCUGAAGGAUGCCUUCAAGAGAACCAGCGGCCUCUCCUAUUACAUGACCCAGCAGUGCUUCUACAGGGAAGUGCUGGGAGAUGGAGUUCCCCCUAAAGUUGCUGAGGUGAUCUACACCUCAUUUGGAGGCUCAUCCAAAGGGCUGCACUUCAACAAUCUGAUCGUGGGUCUGGUGCUUCUGACCCGAGGACGCGAUGAAGAGAAGGCCAAGUACCUCUUCAGCCUGUUUGCCAGCGAUCUGGGCGGAUAUGCUGCUAGGGAAGAUAUAGAAGCAGUUCUGCAGGUCCUGGAUGGAGAAGUCCCGGCCUCCCUCAGGAAGUGCUUCAGCGAGGUUGACAAGGUGAACUAUGAGCGCUUCAGGAACUGGCUCCUGCAGAACAAGGAGGCCUUCACUUUGUCCAGAUGGCUGCUGUCUGGAGGAGUGUGCGUCACGCUGACCGAUGACAGCGACACACCCACCUUUUACCAGACCCUGGCUGGCGUCACACACUUGGAGGAGUCUGACAUUAUAGACUUGGAGAAGCGCUACUGGCUGUUGAAAGCUCAAUCCAGAACUGGCCGCUUUGACUUGGAAACUUUCGUCCCUCUGGUCUCUCCUCCCAUCCACGCCUCACUGAAUGAAGGCUUGUUUCAUGCCUUCGAUGAGAAUCGGGACAAUCACAUCGACUUUAAAGAGAUCUCUUGUGGGCUCUCUGCGUGCUGCAGGGGGCCUGUCGCUGAAAGGCAGAAAUUUUGCUUCAAAGUGUUUGAUGUGGACCGCGACGGGAUCCUGUCGCGAGAUGAACUCCAUGAAAUGGUGGUGGCCUUGCUGGAGGUGUGGAAGGAUAAUCGCACAGACACACUCCCUGAGCUGCACAGUAGUGUGUCAGACAUAGUAGAGGGCAUCCUGAAGAUGCACGACACGACCAAGCUGGGGCACCUGACUCUGGAGGACUACCAGAUCUGGAGUGUGAAGAGCGCUUUGGCCAAUGAGUUCCUCAACCUGCUUUUCCAGGUUUGCCACAUAGUUCUCGGGCUCAGGCCUGCUACUCCUGAAGAGGAGGGACAGAUCAUCAGGGGUUGGUUAGAGAGGGAGAGCAGACAUGGGCUGCAGCAAGGCCAGAACUGGUUCCUCAUCUCGAUGGUGUGGUGGCAGCAGUGGAAGGACUACGUUAAAUAUGGCACUCCCUGCUGUUGUCUCCCUGUCCAGGAGCAUAAGGGCAUCGUGGUGGAGCAGCCGUCCAUCCUGAGCUCUCUGCGAACUCCGAUGGCCACAGCCACCAUAGAGCCCGCCCCUCCGGACAGACUGGUAGGACUGGGAGCCGUCAGCCCGGUCAGCCCCACAGAGGAGAGGUCACCUGAUGCUGUAUCCAGCGCCUCAGAGGCUACAGAGACCGCCCUGAGCCCACAGGUAGCUCCCUCCGCAACAGAGAGCUGUUUUGCCCGUCAGCACAACGUAUCGGACAAUAACAAUCAGUGUUUUUCUGGAGCCAACGGCCACCUCCCCUCCCAGCUGGCAGCACAAAGACCUGGAGCCAUCGACAACCAGGCUCUGGUCAACACCGACCCCAUGAAGGCCCCUACGUUAACCAUGGAGGGUGGAAGGCUGAAGCGAUCCCUGCAGCUGAUGCCUGGUCGAGACUUUGAGACGGUGCCAGAGCCAGUGUGGCGGGCACUCUACCACUGGUAUGGUGCCAACCUCAGCCUGCCACGACCGGUAAUCUUGGAAAGCAAGACAGGCCAAGCAGAGCUGGAGCUCUUCCCUCGCUACCUCCUCUUCCUCCGCCAGCAGCCGGCCACACGCUCCCCCCAGUCCAACAUCUGGGUCAAUAUGGCAGGUAAUGUGCCAUCCCCAAACGCUCCCCUGAAGCGAGUGUUGGCCUACACAGGCUGCUUCAGUCGCAUGGGCACCAUCAAGGACAUCCACCUCUACCUGUCCCAGAGGCUCCGCAUCAAGGAGGAGGACAUGAGACUCUGGCUCUACAACAGUGAGAAUUACCUCACCCUCCUGGACGAUGAAGAUCACACUCUGGAAAGUCUGAAGAUCCACGAUGAGCAGCAGCUGGUUAUUGAGGUCAGGAACAAAGACAUGAGCUGGCCUGAGGAAAUGUCAUUCAUUGCCAACAGUAGUAAGAUGGACAGGCACAAAGUUCCCACAGAGAAAGGAGCCACUGGCCUCAGUAACCUUGGCAACACCUGCUUCAUGAACUCCAGUAUCCAGUGUGUGAGCAACACCAAGCCUCUCACAGACUACUUCAUCUCAGGAAGACACCUCUAUGAGCUCAACAGAACCAACCCCAUCGGGAUGCGAGGUCACAUGGCCAAGUGUUAUGGUGACCUGGUGAUGGAACUGUGGAGCGGGACACAGAAGAACGUGGCUCCACUCAAACUCAGGUGGACAAUAGCGAAGUACGCCCCUCGCUUCAAUGGUUUCCAGCAGCAGGACUCCCAGGAGCUGCUAGCCUUCCUGCUGGACGGCCUCCAUGAAGAUCUGAAUCGAGUCCAUGAGAAGCCCUACGUGGAACUGAAGGACAGCGAUGGCCGGCCCGACUGGGAGGUGGCCUCUGAGGCGUGGGAGAACCACCUGCGUAGGAACCGCUCCAUCGUGGUGGAUCUGUUCCACGGUCAGCUCAAGUCCCAGGUGAAGUGCAAGACCUGCGGCCACAUCAGCGCUCGCUUUGACCCCUUCAACUUCCUGUCUCUGCCUCUACCCAUGGACAGCUCCAUGCACCUGGAGAUCACUGUCAUUAAACUGGAUGGUUCCACACCGGUGCGCUACGGCCUGAGGUUAAAUAUGGAUGAGAAGUACACAGGGCUGAAGAAACAGCUGAGUGAACUGUGCAGCCUGAAGCCCGAGCAGAUCCUCCUGGCUGAGGUCCAUACCUCCAACAUCAAGAACUUUCCUCAGGACAACCAGAAGGUCCGUCUGUCUGUCAACGGCUUCCUGUGCGCUUUUGAGAUCCCGGUGCCAGGUUCACCAACAUCACUGAGCUCGCCCAUACAGACAGACAUCACUCCAAUAGCCAAUGGGUCAGCUGCUAAUGGACACCUGGGCAAUAAGCCCGUCCUCAUCCCCAACGGUGGGCCCAGCACCAUGGUGCCCUGCAGCCCAGAGACGCCCCUGGCUAACGGAGUCGCCAACGGUCACAUCACACCAGUGCAGGAGAGCCCCUUCAUAGGAUACAUCAUCGCCAUGCACAGGAAGAUGAUGCGUACGGAGCUGUACUUUCUGUCAUCUCAGAAGAACCGACCCAGUCUGUUUGGCAUGCCGCUUAUUGUUCCCUGCACUGUCCACACCAGUAAGAAAGACCUGUACGACGCCGUCUGGAUCCAAGUGUCCCGACUUGCGAGCCCACUGCCCCCACAGGAAGCCAGCAACCACGCCCAGGACUGUGAUGACAGUAUGGGCUACCAGUACCCCUUCACUCUACGGGUUGUGGGUAAGGAUGGCAACUCAUGUGCCUGGUGUCCUUGGUACAGGUUCUGUAGAGGCUGUACAGUAGAGUGUACAGAGGACAGAGCCUCUGUAGGAAAUGCUUAUAUAGCUGUGGACUGGGAUCCCACCGCCCUGCACCUCCGCUACCAGACCUCCCAGGAGAGGAUCGUAGAGGAGCACUGUAGUGUGGAGCAGUCCCGCCGGGCACAGGCUGAGCCCAUCAGUCUGGACAGCUGUCUGAAGGCCUUCACCAGCGAGGAGGAACUGGGCGAAGACGAGCUCUACUACUGCUCCAAGUGCAAGACCCACCGGCUGGCCACCAAGAAGCUGGACCUCUGGAGGCUGCCCCCCAUACUGAUUGUCCACCUAAAGCGCUUCCAGUUUGUGAACGGUCGCUGGAUCAAGUCCCAGAAGAUUGUCAAGUUUCCGCGGGAGAAUUUUGACCCCAGCGCCUUCCUGGCUCCCAGAGACCUGGAGCAGCACUGCCUUCACUCCCGCAGCGAGAGUGAGGAUCUGCUGAGGAUCGGAGAAGACAACCUGUCCUCCAUCUCUGCCCCCGCUGGCUUCUGCAACCUCCCCAAAGCUUCUCCCGCCUCAAGCAGGAAGUCGGCACCUUCUCUGAGCCGGACCAGCAGCCCUUCUGGCAGCCCCAAGACCAGCAGUGGAGGCCGCAGGCCAGGUCGGCUACGCCUCCCCCAGCUGGGCAGCAGACACCGCCUCUCCAACAGCAAGGAGAACUUAGAGGGAGUUGCUAACGCUGAGGCUGAGCCACGGGACGGCACAGCACAGGCAGACACUGAGGGUAGCGCGGCAGCGGGCCUCUCUGGGUCAGGAGAGGCGCUUGAAUCAUUGUGCAGUUCCGAGGCGUGCAGCAGCCACUGUGACGUGGUCCUGAUGAACGGUGACAGCAACGGGCUGAGCUCAGACUGCAGCACAGAGAGCAGCAUGGACCCUGACAACUCACUGCUGCAGCACAGAGACAACAUGUGUCUGGACGCCAUCUACAACCUCUAUGCAAUAUCAUGCCAUUCAGGAAUCAUGGGAGGAGGCCACUAUGUGACAUAUGCCAAAAACCCCAAUGAGAAAUGGUACUGUUACAAUGACAGCAGCUGUAAGGAAGUGCACUCUGAGGAGAUCGACACCGACUCGGCCUACAUCCUCUUCUAUGAGCAGCAGGGAGUUGACUACUCUCAGUUCCUGCCAAAGAUCGAUGGCAAAAAGAUGGCCGACACCAGUAGCAUGGAUGAAGACUUUGAGUCCGACUACAAGAAAUACUGUGUCCUCCAGUGACCUGCACCUCGUCUUCCAUCAGCCAGCACUACACCCGCUCUCCUGCUCCCAAAGCACCAGACGCUCUGAUCAUUCUGAAGAAUUAUCACAAACUGCUAACGACUAGAGUCCAGACUGUGCUCUCUUGUCUUUAGGGAUGCGUCGCAGCACUUUCUACACUUUAAACAUUUAAAACAUUUAAACAUGGAUUUAGUGCAAAUGUUUGCCAAGACAACAAUGAAGCCCCAGUGAAAGCACUAAACUGGUGCACUUUGCUGAGCCCAACAAAACAAACCCCACUCCACCCCCUCCUGUGAACAACCCCCCUCCCCCGCCAUCACAUACAUGUAACAUAUACUUGCAUACUCACGCAUCUCUGAAUGUAUGCCAGUAUGGCCAAGUCAUGAAGUGAUGUUGCUUUGUUAUUAUGCAUUUAUCACUUGUGAUGUCAGAAUGAAACUUUUACACCUGGAGUUAAUGUGAGAUCUGAGCCUGAAGAAGGAAAAACACACAAAACAAAUUCGACCACAGACUUAAUUCCAGGUGUAAAUAUGAGGCCAGUGAUUCGAUACAGAUUGAGUUUUAAAUGCAAGUGUAAACACGGCCCAUGAGUUAAAGAACCUGUGCGUUGGUGUCACAUCUGAUGCCACAGGUCAACAUAAUGUUGAAACGUGGUAUCUAGUCUGUCGGAUACUGUGACAAGCUUUUUAGAAAUGGUUCUCCAAAGGUUUUAUUAGCGAUAGUGUCACUAGGGAAAAACAUAAAUCAUACGCUACCUCAUCGAUUCCUGCAAUCUGUCGGCCAAAAGUACCCUAAAAAUCUGUGACAGUAUUAAUAAUAAUAAUUAAAUGCUUCCUUCCAGUGUAGGAGACAUGGUACACACAUUUCAGGAAAGCCCCCCAAAAAAUCUCUCUAAUCUCUCGAGGACGCUCAAAGGUCCUGAUGUCCACAUGAAAUUAGGCAUUUUUUUUUGCCAAAACUGUGCUCCAUCCCUCAGCUGCCAAAUAUCAGAGAGAUUUGUGCAAUGUUGACCUGUGUGUACCCGCAACUAAACACAAGCUUUGAGUAUGAAUCUUGAUUUCAAAAGAGAGAUGCUUAAAGAAUAAUAUACAGUAUAUGUUUAAUACUUUUUUUUUUUUUUGAUUCUGCAAAUGCAUUGUUUUAUAAAAGGUUUGUUUUAUUGUCAGGAUUUUUUUUUUUUUUUUCAUAAGGCAGACCUCCAGAUCUUUAGUCAUAUUGUAAGGAAAUGAAGCCGCUUCAGGUCUUCAUGAGUGAAUAUUUAACUUAAAGCCCAGAAGCAUCGAGCUUAUCUUCACAGCGAUGUUGCAACACGCACCUUUUACCUGCUGCAGUUCUCUUCAGCUGUUGAACUGAUGUUCAUAUCCUCCCCAACAAGAAAGCAGAAAAUGUUUCGGGGGAACUCUUAAAUGUAGUCAAAAAAAGAAGAUUUUUACCUGUCAUUUUAACAUGUCAUUUAGAUGCCACUCGUAAAACAUCUCCACAUUGCCAUAAAUAGAUGUGCACCUCAAGGUGUCUCCAUAGAAACAUGACUUUAAGAAUGACGUCCUGCUGAAUAUCUGUGGAAACUUUGGUAACACUUAAUUUUACGGGUCUCACGGCGGGGUCACCAACUGCCCUGGAGCCCCUCGCUUUCAGGGGGCUGAUGUUCACUGUAUGGUUCUUUGUCAUUUGAAUAAUACAAAUAAAAAUGGUACAAAUCUGUACCAUUCAUAAAAUGAAAUAAUGAGACCCUAAAAGAAUAUUUUUAACACUAGCCUCUCUGAUUAAACGAUCUGGUUCAGGGUGUGGUCAAAAGUGUGCUCUGUUGCACCUGUAACCUCACCCAUCAGUGAUGUCACAGUGUGUUGACACCAGUGGAGCUCAUCUAAAAUAAGAUUUUCAGUUGUUAAGUUGCUCUUUAAGUCAGCUCCUGUAUUUUUUUACCAAAACCUGAGGCCAUGACAUGUUGAGGAAGCAUGUGUCAAAAUCUAGUUUUAAUAUCUUUAAUAUGUCACUUGAUAGUUUGGUUAUUUGAUGCAUAUUCUUAAGUAAAUUAUUCAUCAAUUGAAGACAAAUGAGAAUAUAAUGAAGCUGCCAUGUGUUGCUUGCCUUGAGCACUGUACUUAAAUAGUACUUUAAGGCAAGAAGGUACACAAACAAUGCACAAAGAUUGGAAAGAAGUGGGGGGGGGGGGGCGGUAAGGGCCCACAGCUCAUUGUUGCCACGGGGAACUCUUAUUGGAAUACUGAAAACUGAAAAUCCAGCUCUGAUGGUUCCCAUAGUUUCCUAUAAUUGGUAAAAAGUAACAAAUAUGUAACCAUAGAUAGUCCCUGGAAAGGAGUAUGCAGGUUGGUACUAAUUAUAGGGAAAAUGGAGAUGGUGUUAAAAUUGCACACCUGCAAUUUAUGGAAUUUGGCUAAAAGGCAAAUAUUUGAAAAUAAUUGGAAAGUAUAGCAAAUUAAUAAUGAAUGAACAUCUACUUUGGUUUAAAUAGAGCAGUUCUUUUGGAAACAACUGUUUAUAACCUGAACUUAACUCUGUCUCAAAACUUUGUCUGUUUUACCUUGAAUUAGUGCCUCUUUCCAGGGAACUUCUUUGAAAGUUGUUGUGAAUUCAGGGACCCUUAAAGUAAAGUGUUUCCGAAGCUGCAGUCCCCAUGAACAGACCCGCUGACCCGAUAUCAGAUGGUUGAAGUUUACUCUUUAUGUUUUUGAAAGUAACCAAAGCCUGUGGAAUCCUGUUGAGAGCUUCAGUAUGUGUCUGGACUGUUUUUCAGAUCUGUAAAAGCUUCACUUCACUGGAUCCGACGUUAAGAUCACGGAAAAUCAAAAUUCCACAUUGCUCGUUCCUCCUUUUUUAUCUGAAGGUUUGGCUACUUGACGUGGCUGUUGCGGUUAGUUUGAAACGUGUGGAGUCGAGCGGCAGAGCUUCGUGUCUGGUGUGUAGCAGCGUGUGUGGAGCUCAGUCUAAUCACUGUGAACACACAGCAGACUUUGUCUUCUACAGGAGAUGAAUCUCUGUGUUCACCCCUUUCUUUUAGCUGCUGUAUUUAUGAGGAGAAGGCAGUCUUUGUGGAUGUAUUUGGAGAAAUAUCUGUCACUGAAAGAAACUUUAUUUUCCUUUGCAAAGAGUACGUUUGUUGAACAAAUGGAAAUGUACAGUUGAGUGCUAUUUAUGUUUGCCUGCUCCACUCUUCUUUUUUUCUCCCUCCACCCUCCUGCCUUUCCACAGAGCUGUAGACGAUGUCCGGUUUGUCUCCGUGCUUGAAAUGUCAUCAUAUGGCUCAAAGGGAAAAUUUUACUAAGGAUUUGUCUCUUUAGAACCCAGUUUGUAAUGUUUAAAGGUGCAAUAGCUGUCAACCUUUUUUUUUUUUGGCUGUGAAUGUGCCCUCUAACAACUACUUGUGUGGUGCUAAGCUUACUGCACCUGUAGCUUAAACUGUAUUAGAAAAAAAUACAAAUUAAUGUUGGGGUUAAUUUCAGCACAAUAUUCUUAAACCAGGCACAACAAUUUUUCUGCCCAUCUGAAAUUGGGCAAACACUGAUCCUGUGAACCACAGGGCGUAAACCCUGCCCCUCCCUCAAAACCCCGACCCUGACCACACACCCCCAAAAAAAGACUAGUCCGAGUGUCGCAGGCGGUGCAAUCUACUACUGAGCUGUCUGUCAGUGUCUGUAGCCUCUUUUUAUUUAAGUUCAUUUCUGUCAGAUCUGAACCAGAUUAAUUUAAAGAACUUUUUUUUUUUGUAAAGGUGUUUGUUGAAAGAAAGUGACAUUGCACUGACAUGAAAACAUGUACAUAAAAAAAUGUUUUGUAAAUAAGCCAAUGAAAACUAUGUAUUUGAAUAUGAACUGUACAAAAUACUGUACUUGUAGUUGUAUAUGGAGUGAUACCUGUUGAUCUGUAACAAAUACCCAAGCAACAAAUUAAAUUCUGCAGAGGAAAAAAAGA